UCUGUCUAUCAUUAAUUCUGUGUUCUAUCCUUUUUCACUGUCCCGGUGUAUUUACUGCCUUGACCAUAUUUGUAGGUCUAUCUACCUGUUAAUAGAUGGCAAUUAUAUAGCAUUAGUUUGUAUCAUUACAUAUUUCAUUGAUAUUAUAGGCUCCCGUUAGAUUAAGUAGUGAGGAACAGAAUUACGUCAGAAUGUCAAAGAUAGUUCUAGAGGUAUUAUCAGGCGUUUUAUACGAUCGCUUAUUCUUAGAUACAAAGACUGGAGAAAUACUUGAUCGUAAAAAGUUGGACAUAACAGAAAUGUGUAAGAAAUAUUGUGCUUUAAAAAUAAACUUUCCAAGUCAAGGCUUUAGGAAAAUAGAAAAGGUUGACGAGAUUUCUACCAUUGAAGAUACUAUUGGUGACGACAUUCAACGAAUACGUGUGAUCAGAAAUGAAAUGCAGCAUUCUUCUGUCUUUGCAUUAGAUGACACACGAUACCAAACACUAAUCACUAUAGUUCAUGAUAUGCUAACUAGAUUUGACAAGCAUAACAAUCCAGCAGGUGAAUCCUACGUAAAACGAUUCGACGAAAUCAGGAAAAUGGAAUUAGAGACACGGAGUUUUGAAGAGAUAAAAGAACGAAUGAAAGCAGGAUUGAUAGAAAAGAUUCAUGCAGUUUUCGAUAGUGUGUAUUGAUGACAAAUUUGAUUUCCUACACUUUUACAGAUGAAUAAGUAAAUAAAAGUAAAAAAAGUUUCAAUAAAAAAACCAAAGUCCAAUGUAUAGCCAGUCAUUAAAAAAUAAGAGUAAAUGUUGUUUGUAUAGAUAUAUACAUAGUAUACAUGAUUGUAAUUUUAUUUAGAUAGACCUGUAAACUAUAUUUACAUACACACUAUAUAUUUGUAAAUAUCAUAUAUCAGCUCAUAAUUCAAGCAUACAAAUUAACAAGCAGAUGUUAUAGUGUUGAUAAAAUAAUAGACUAUGUACUAAUUGUAACACUAACGCUAUUAAAGAUGAAUACCAUUUUAUACUUGAAUGUCAAAUAUAUUUUUAAUGAAAUCCCAGAAAAGUAAAUUAAACAGAAAUCCAUCUGUAUACCAACUUCUCAAGUUGUUGUCUGUCAGAAAUAUUAGUGACUUAUAUAAUGUAGGUAUAUUUUCAAAAUAAGCAGAAAAGUUUAAUUGCAUUAUAUAGUAUAUUUGUUCUAACAUAUUUAUUAAAGUAUAUUACGGAAUACAAAUGUGUCGAGGUAUUGGAUAACACCACAGAAUUGUCAGUAUAUAUUUAGAAAACUGCUGGGGUAUAUACACCAUUUGUAUCCCUAAUUGGAACCUCAAAAACGUAAUCAUAACAACGGUUACUAUGUAACGUAGUCAAAAGCUGUACAGAACACUAAGGAAUGUCAGAGCCUCACAGAGGCAAACUAAUGACUUGCUUCAGUCAAUAGUACAUUUUUAAUACACAAUCACUUAAUUUACACUUUUAAUACUUAAAUUAAAUGUUAAAAGUGUGAUUAUCAAUUAUUACAUACUCGAUAAAAUUAUGUUCACAG